AUGCGUUAUUUGCUGCGGGUGCGAUGCUGGCAGUACCGGCAACUCUCGGCCGUGCAUCGUGUCUCACGACCAACACGCCCCGAGAAAGCACGCAGAUUGGGGUAUCGCGCCAAGCAAGGAUUUAUCAUAUACCGCGUGAGGGUGCGCCGUGGUGGUCGCAAGCGCCAUGUUGUGAAAGGGCAGACGUAUGGGAAACCCAAAAACCAUGGCGUCAACGAGUUGAAAUUUGCCCGCUGCAAGCAGUCCGUUGCUGAGGAAAGAGUUGGACGUCGAUGUGGUGGCCUUCGUGUGUUGAAUUCGUACUGGGUUGGACAGGAUUCCACAUACAAAUUUUAUGAAGUUAUCAUGGUCGAUCCUGCACAUAAGGCAAUCCGAAGAAACCCGGAUACACAGUGGAUAACUAAGCCAGUGCAUAAGCAUCGUGAAUUGCGCGGUUUGACUUCAGCUGGCCGUCGAAGCCGAGGUCUUGGGAAAGGUCAUCAUUAUUCCGCAACAAAGGGAGGUUCACGCAGGAAGUGCUGGCUUCGUCGUAACACUUUGUCACUACGUCGUAAACGUUGA